CCAAUGCCCUCAAUACAUUCAAGCUUAUAUCCCUUUGCUCAAGCUUUCCUAUUCGUUUCCCCCUAGCUUCUUUCUCAUCACUUUUGGGCUUUCAACUUUUUUUAUUUAUUUUUAUUUUUUUUUAUGGAUUUUUACUUCAUAAUUUUUUAAAAUUAAUAUAAAAAGUAGAGAAAAAUACAAAAAACAAAAUGUCAAAUAAAAGUUAUUAGCACUAAAAUUAAGCGUGUGUAUCAUACGCAUAUCCUCCGACGAGAAAAUAGGGGUAAAUGUCGCAAUUUGUUGACUUAUAUACCAAUAUGUCGCCACAUGUUAAUUUUUAUACCAAUAUGUCGCCGGCAAUAACUUUUAUACCAAUCUGUCAUAACGGUGUUAACUUUUAUACUAAUAUGUUCAAUUAGCCUGUUUCUUUCAAUAUGUGUUAAAAAUCUAUAAUUCAAUUCUUAUUAUUAAGCCGUACAUCACACAGGAUUAAUUUAGUGAUACAUAUUUAAAUACCCAAAAUAAUAUACUACCUCCGGUUUAUUUUAGUCGCAACAAAGGACAACUUUACGCAAACCAAGGGAAAAGAUUGAAAGCAUGAUUAUGGAAAAAUAAGGGUAUGUGAUUAACUGUUAAUCUAACCCAAAAAAAAAAAAACUUAAUUAAAUUGAAUAGCCCACCACCACCAACACCACCAAGCACCAAGCAUCACCCAGCAAACCCCGACGCACCACCACCACCUCACACACCCAGCAAACCGUCGAACGCACCCCACCACCUCACACACCCAGCAACCCGCCAACGCACCACCACCACCCCACGAACCCAGGCAGUACCCAGCAACCUACGAACCCCUGCAACCCAUAAACCCAACCACCCCACGAACCCAGCGACUCGCCGACCCACCACCACCACCCCACGUACCCAGCAUUGUCGUUCCACUAACCCACCAAACAAUGAAACCAUACCCACGAAACCAAACCCACGAAACCAACCCACAAAAUCCGCCGAUCUGAAACCCGACCCACGAACCCAGAACGAUUCACCAACCCAGCAAACCCACGAAACUAACCCGCGAAACCGCCGAUCUAAAACCGCGAAACCCGACCCACUGCAACCCCCCGCCGCUCGUAACACCGUGAAACCACCAUGAAAAUGGGGUUGGAGGAGGAGAGAGAAUAUUAAAUGGGAUGAGAGUUUAAUAAUUAAGGUUGGGGUUUAAUUUAAUGAAAUCACAUUUGUAAUUUAAUAAGGGUGUUUAAGAAAAAAAGUAAGGGCAUAAAUGUUAUUUUAUUGGCCAAAAAUUACCAAAUGAGGAAUUUUUUUUUUUUUUGUUGUAAGUAAUUUGAACCACCCUAAAAUGAAAAUUGUUACAAGUAAAAUAAACUGGAGGUAGUACUUCGUAUGUAACAAUUAGGGACAAAUAGAGUAACCACCGUGAGGGCAUGAGUACAUGACUCUCUAAUCUCUAUGGUCACUGACUCACGCCAGCCUUUUCAAAAUUGUCAUUCCCUCCAACAUUCUCUCUCUCCUCGAUAGAUAUUCCCAAAUUCUUGGUUGUUAAAUUGAUGUUCUUAAUUUGAGCUUCAUUUUUGGGACUUUUCCACUUGUUGAAAAAAUUAUUGGGUUUGUAGUUUGAUAAUCAACACUCAAUUGGGUACUCAAUAUCUUGAAGAAUUGCAAUACAUUUAGGGUUUUCCGUUAAAUUUCAAGAAAGACUAGAAAAGGUGGUGUUCGUGGCGAAUUAGUGUAUCACGAGUAAAGAGGAUGAAAGUUAACAUUCUACAAUGGCAUGCUGUAGCUUCAUGGACCUGGGAUGCCCAGGAUGAAACAUGCGGAAUAUGUAGAAUGGCCUUUGAUGGUUGUUGUCCAGAUUGCAAACUACCUGGUGAUGACUGCCCAUUAAUUUGGGGGCAGUGCAACCAUGCUUUUCAUCUACACUGCAUCUUGAAGUGGGUGAAUUCACAAACUUCUCAAGCUCAUUGUCCUAUGUGUCGUCGGGAAUGGCAUUUCAAGGACUGAUAUCUUUUCUUCACCCAUUCUCUCUCAAUUGUCACUGUCCGGUGAAAAAUGGCAUAUUAUUGCCAUGACCAUGGUACAAUUCUUAACCUUUCUUACGUGGUGAUAUCUGUUUCAGCUUUAAUACUCAAUCUUGUUCAUGUGACGCAAGCGGUUUGUAUUACAAUAUCUUAUUUCGUGGAACAACUCACAAUCUUUGCUUUAGUUGCCUAUUCCAAAACUUCUCUGUAACUUGGUGUAAUGACGUGAUUGAACUUGGUAGAUGAUUGAAUUUACAGGUCAUCAUAUUAGUUUGCACAUUUUUUUUGUUGAUCAUGAUUAAAUUUCUUAUAGUUUAAUGAUUCACGAGGAGCCAAGUGGCAUAAUGGAGUGAUGGAAAAUCAAUAUCAAAAUCAAUUAGCCAACAAACCUUACCCAAUUUGAGCUGUAAUCGGAACUAAGUGUCAAAAAUUGGAGCGCCGUCUCUUUCAAUCCAUGUAGAUGAGGAAUUGUACCUGUAAAUGCUGUGAACAAGUAUACUACUAUGGGUCCUUUUCUCUAUGUUUGUAUAUAUUAUUUUGGUUUUUCCCUCUCUUUAUGUCUUCUCUGUACAGGGAAGAAUAUGACGUGACAAGCAAUAUUUUUUUGAUAUUUUUGUGACUUGAUGUAAGGGAGGUUCUUCUUGUUGUAUGAUCCUGAGAUACUACUUACCUGUACUCUUAGCAGAUGGCUGAGAUACUAAAUAAUCCUAGACUCGUCGUGAUCUCGUGGAUGAUAAUAUGUUUAAUUGUUUAGGCUUGAGGAUGAUACCUUAGAUCGAUUUCAAAAUGAGCAAGAACAUGACCAAUUGCUAUGAUCUGGGAAGGUGACCUGAUUUACAGUUAUAGAGGACUGAUUCAAACUUUGUACUAACUGUAACUUUGUACUGAUUUUAGUGAGGUUACUUCGUUUAAAAUUAUGGGGAUUUUAAGCUAAAGUCGAUGAUUUCAAACUUUCAAUUGGCCAAUUUUUGUGCCCAAAAAUUAGAAAAUCAAGACUAGAUAAACAUAACUAGUUACAUAAAAGUACCACUUCAUAAUCAGCAAUUUUCGCUUUAAUUACAUCAAGAAAUCCAUGUAGCAAAUCAACAUUGAACAAUUUCAUACAUUAUAAAAAAAAAAAAAAAAAAAAAAA